CAGGGCCGUGGGUGAGGUGGCGGCAGAGGCGGAGGCGGAGGCGGAGGCGAAGGUGGCCAGCAGGCAGCGGAUCCGAGCGGAGUGAACGGGGCGGCGGGUCAGCGAACAGCGAUUACUGUGGAUCUCGGAAGGAGGAAAUGGUGUGAUCAUUCACUGUCCACACUUGAAGGUCAAAGGCUACAAGGAAGCCUGGGGAACAUGGCCUGGCCAGACCUCUUUCCCAGAGGCGCGCUCCUGUCCCGGCUCAGCCACCACCACGUGGCCGUGUUCCUGCUCACCUUCUUCAGUUACUCGUUGCUGCAUGCAUCAAGGAAAACGUUUAGCAAUGUCAAAGUCAGCAUCUCUAACCAGUGGACCCCUACCGCUUUUAACAGAUCCCUGGAACCUGCAGAGGUCUGGAGCAGCAACCGCUUGUUUCCCAGCGCUGAGGAAGCCACUCUUUUCCUCGGGACACUGGACACUCUUUUCCUCUUCUCCUAUGCCGUGGGCCUCUUCAUCAGCGGUAUUGUCGGGGAUCGGCUGAAUUUGCGAUGUGUUCUGUCUUUUGGCAUGUGCUCCUCUGCAUUAGUGGUGUUUGUCUUUGGCACGGUCACGGAAUGGCUGCAUUUCUACAACAAGUGGCUGUACUGCUGCCUGUGGAUCGUGAACGGCCUGCUGCAGUCCACGGGGUGGCCCUGCGUGGUCGCCGUCAUGGGCAACUGGUUUGGGAAAGCUGGGCGAGGAGUGGUGUUUGGUCUCUGGAGCGCCUGUGCUUCCGUGGGCAACAUUCUGGGAGCGUGCCUCGCCUCUUCCGUCCUGCAGUGCGGUUAUGAGUAUGCCUUUCUGGUGACGGCCGCUGUGCAGUUUGCUGGUGGGAUCGUCAUCUUCUUUGGACUCCUGGUGUCCCCCGAAGAAAUUGGUCUCCCUGGCAUUGAAGCAGAAGAAAAUUUUGAAGAAGACUCGCACAGGCCAUUAAUUAAUGGUGCUGAAAAUGAAGAUGAGUAUGAGGCUAAUUAUUCAAUCCAAGAAGGCAGUACUGUCACCCAGAUCAAGGCAAUAAGCUUUCACCAGGCCUGUUGCCUUCCUGGAGUCAUACCGUACUCGCUGGCCUAUGCCUGCCUGAAGUUAGUGAAUUACUCCUUCUUCUUCUGGUUGCCCUUCUACCUGAGCAGCAACUUUGGAUGGAAGGAGGCGGAAGCUGACAAGCUGUCCAUUUGGUAUGACGUUGGAGGGAUUAUAGGUGGAACUCUGCUGGGCUUCAUCUCUGACGUCUUACAGAAGAGAGCGCCGGUCCUGGCGCUGAGUCUGCUUCUGGCCGUCGUGUCCCUGGUUGGGUACAGUCGUUCUCCAAACGAUAAGUCCAUUAAUGCUCUUCUGAUGACUGUCACAGGAUUUUUUAUUGGUGGACCUUCUAAUAUGAUUAGCUCGGCUAUUUCUGCUGACCUGGGUCGCCAGGAGCUGAUCCAAGGGAGCAGUGAGGCUUUGGCGACUGUCACAGGGAUUGUUGACGGGACUGGGAGCAUUGGAGCUGCCGUGGGCCAGUAUUUAGUGUCUUUGAUCCAGGACAACCUAGGAUGGAUGUGGGUUUUCUACUUCUUCAUUCUCAUGACAAGUUGUACCGUUCUGUUUAUCUCGCCAUUAAUAGUGAGGGAGAUAUGCUCUCUCAUGCAAAGGGGACAGGCCCGCGUGCUGAGUGAGUGACUGUGCCUGCAAAAGAACGAGAAUCCUGGGACACACGUCAGGACUGCUGCUAUUUCUUUUAAUUCGUCCUAUUUGGGGUUGUGUCAGGGGACCCGGCACAGCCUCAGACAGCCACGCCCCUUUCAGCAGCGUGGGCCCCUGCGAUGCUGACCGGCCUGGGGCCGGGUCGCUUUGCUACACUACAGGAACCGUCACUGAUGAACUUCAUUGUUGUUUCAUGAAUGUACAAAUGGCCUGUGAAUCUGCCGGUGUCUUCGCUGGGCCUGUUGAGGUUUAUCCCUUUAACCUGAAAGGCUGUAUGGGACUCGGACCCUUGUUCUCCAACCUGGAAAGCCGAGUGAGCACGAAGCAGCCGGGCGUGGUUUACAGCAAUAGAAAGACUCGUUGCAUUUUGCUUUGGAGAUGAGUUUGGAAAUGAGGCUCCUCUUCGAAGCCUCUGAUCCUGAUAAAGUGCUCCAGCCGGACCUAACGUAAGCCCACUGUGGAUCAAGAAGGCCUUUGUUAAUCACACUACACACAGAAGCAGAAAUAUCGUCAAAUUGUUGUCAGCUUGUUUUCCGUCUUCAUUCAGAGCCGACUGACUCCUGAAAGGGUUCAGUCACCCUUUCAAGGACCACACAUGUGUCCGCUGCGAACAUGGCAGCGUGUGUCCCAUGUCCGACGCACUCGGCCCCAGAUUUGCUGCCUGGGGCCCACCGGGAAGCCACUCUGCUCAGCCUUAUUUCCAGGGGGUUGAUCUCGGGUGCAGCCGGGUUCCCUGAGUUAACUUAAAAGAGGACUAAACUUGGAGAAAAAGGAAAGGCCUUGUGUCCUAGUAAGUAAUUCAGGGGUGUGGCACUGAAUCGAAGUACUGCAUUACUAGGGCCCCAGGGGUAUUUAGGUACCUGUUCUUUAGAAGUUUGUAGAGUGUACGUCUUCAAGACUGUGAAUUCUGUACCGUGAGAUGGGACCCCCAGAAUCCCAGAAUUUAUUACAAGGAAUUGUGUAUUCAUUCUUACAUGUUUAAACUUAAGUCACCUUCAGAGUACUCUCCAUUUGACGCAAUGCACUUAUUGAGACCUUUUUCCCACUGCUCAAAUCAGUUUUUAAACUCAUAGAUUUUGAUGCCUUUCAGUGUUUGUGCCAUUUUUGUUUCACCUCUUACACAUCAGCAAAACAUUUCCCUUCGAGGACUUUUUUCAUCUUGGGGAAACAAAAAAGUUGCUCAAAGUGAGAUCAGGUGACUAGGGAGGGUGGAGCACAAAGGUCAUGCUAUUUUGGGUCCAAAACUGCUGAACACGUAGCGCAGUGUGGGCAGGUGUGCUUGUAAAUGACCCGUCAUGAAAUGGGCAAACUAUUUAAAGAGUCUUCAAAAAAAAAAGAGAGAGACCAGUGAAGCCAAACGCAGCCUCUCACAACAACACCAGCUGGUACACUGUUACACGUGGGUUCCUAGAACACUCAUCUAGUCGGGGAGCCUGUACUACAAGGGGCCUGCCCUCCAGGAGAUAAUUCUGGGUUUUUGCCCCCUGCCACCCCAUAAUCACCCAUAUUUUGAGGUCAUUCUGUAUAAAUAUUUUAAAUGAUGUACACAAACUAGGGGGAAAAUGUGCAAUUUUGAGGAUUGCAUUGGGUUAGGGAAUAUUUUUCAACAUCCUGCUUUAUACUCUGAAAUUUGGUGUUUGUUAAUAUUAUUUAAUCGAGCAGAUCUCCAGUCUGAUUGCUCAUUACUGACAAAAAGGGAAAAUAUGUAACACAGGAAGGGAAAAUAAACUGACUUUUGU